CUAUUCCAAUUGAAUAUUGAUCUUGAAUAUUGAUUAUAUAAUAGAAUAUAAAUGUAUAAAUUUGACUCAUUUAAAGAUAAUAUAAUGAAAAAUUUGUCUAUUCUAUUAUUGAUAAAUUUACUAUUAAAAUUAACAAAAUAUUCCGAAUAAUUCACCUCUAUAAUCUAUACUGUAGCAAAUGAAGUCAAAUUUGUUCUGGUAACGUUGCCGUGACAACUCUGCGUUACGGUUACAGUUAUUGUUAUGGAAAGUUUUUUUUAUUAAAGUUAGUCGAGGUGGGUCGAAUUGUUCCUUACGUUUCAAAGAAAACAAUUUUUUAUUUAUAUAAAAACUUCGAAUUAUGAACAACUUUUAAACUUUGGUAUUUAUAACUUCUUAAUUUCUUUUUAAGAUAGAGCGUUCUUUAACAACUGUAACAAAUUUAAAUACACACACACAUAUAUUAAAUUUUACCUACUGUUUUCAUUAUUUAUAUAUAAUUAUAAUAAUGAAACAAUUGAUAUCUUUGCUUCUUUUGAAAUAAACAUCAUACACUUGUUACAUGUAUAAUAAUCAUAUAAAUAUUACUUUUCGCAGUAUAAUAAUAUCAACAAAAUAUAAAACGACGAAAAAAGUUUCCAUGCUAUACGCUGUUGCAUCUAAUAGUUUGUUAGAAGAUGGCUAUAGUGUGUAUUAAUAGAAUAUAUAAGAUAUAGCGAAUCUAUCAUAAGUUAUUAUAGGUUAGGACAACAUAAAAAAAAUCUACAAAUAAUCGUGUAAAAUUACAGUGUAAAAUAAGUGUUGGACGGUAUUAGUUUCUAACUAUAGAAAAAUGAUACAUAGCCUUUUUAUUAUUAAUUCUGCUGGAGAUGUGUUUAUGGAAAAACAUUGGAAAAGUGCCGUUGCACGAUCACUAUGCGAUUAUUUUUUUGAUCAACAACGAAGAGUUCUUUCUCUCGAAGAUACACCACCUGUGAUAGCUACACCUCAUCAUUAUCUUAUUAGUAUAUAUCGGUGUAAUAUGUUUUUUGUAGCAGUAUGCAUGACAGAAGUACCACCAUUAUUUGUUAUUGAAUUUUUACAUAGAGUAGUUGAUACUUUCGAAGAUUAUUUCAGUGAGUGCACAGAAUCUAUUAUUAAAGAAAAUUAUGUAGUAGUAUAUGAAUUACUAGAUGAGAUGUUAGAUAAUGGAUUCCCACUGGCAACAGAAUCAAAUAUUUUGAAAGAACUGAUUAAACCUCCUAAUAUUUUGCGUACUAUUGCAAAUACUGUUACAGGUAAAUCAAAUGUUAGUGCAACAUUACCAAGUAGUCAGUUAUCUAAUGUUCCAUGGAGAAGAACAGGAGUUAAAUAUACAAAUAAUGAAGCUUAUUUUGAUGUUGUGGAAGAAGUAGAUGCUAUAAUUGAUAAAACUGGAUCAACAGUUUUUGCAGAAAUACAAGGCUAUAUUGACUGUUGUAUAAAAUUAAGUGGUAUGCCAGACUUAACACUUUCCUUUAUAAAUCCAAGAUUAUUUGAUGAUGUCAGUUUUCAUCCUUGUGUAAGAUUUAAACGUUGGGAGUCAGAGAGAAUAUUGUCCUUUAUUCCUCCGGAUGGUAAUUUUCGACUUCUUGCUUACCAUAUAGGAUCACAAAAUAUUGUUGCAAUUCCAAUAUAUGUGCGACAUAAUAUUAGCCUGAAGGAACCUGGUGGAGGUAGAUUAGAUAUAACUGUUGGACCAAAACAAACUAUUGGAAGAACUGUGGAAAAUGUAGUGUUAGAAAUUCCAAUGCCAAAAAUAGUAUUAAAUUGUACAUUAACUCCAAAUCAAGGAAAAUAUUCUUUUGAUCCUGUUAAUAAGAUAUUGCUUUGGGACAUUGGAAGGAUUGAUGUUUCUAAAUUACCGAAUUUAAGAGGAUCUAUCACCAUUCAAAACUCUGCAGUCAUAACAGAAUCCAAUCCUGCUAUUAAUGUACGUUUUACUAUUAAUCAACUAGCAGUUUCAGGAUUAAAAGUAAAUCGAUUAGAUAUGUAUGGGGAGAAAUAUAAACCUUUCAAAGGUGUUAAAUAUAUCACUAAAGCAGGAAAAUUUCAAAUAAGAAUGUAACAGAAAUACGUAAAUAUAUAAAUUUAAAGGAUACUUUUUUAAAAGAUUGUGAUAAAUUAUAUACAGGCUUUAACUCUGUAAUUCGUAAUAUAAAGAUAAGAAAAGAAUACUAUUAACUAUUUUAUUUUAAAUAAAUUCCAGAAAAUAUCAUAAAUAUGAAUAAAAUACACUUCAAAUAUAUGAAGUAUUUAUCUAUCUUAUCUAUACUAUCACUUAAAUACUUAUGAUUAUAUUGAUUUAUAUACAAUAUACUUACAUGUAUAAUAAAAUAUUGUUUAUUAUUUUAAAUUCUA